AAUCACGAGUACCAGUACUGCACUUUUGUAUGCAACUAGUGCCCUUUAAUAACGAAACUGCCAUUAACUGCAACUCUGCCAGUAGGAGCACUAUAGCGCAGUCUGUCAUCUGCGAAAAAUGAUAUCUUCAACGGGUGUUAGCGUAAUAUUUGCACGGAUGUUGAAAUACAAUUUUCAGUUAAAAUUGCCACUCAUGAUUUGCUUAAUUAUCGUCGGUGUUGCAUCUCAAACUCCAUCAACACCACCAUUAACAACUGGGAGACCUUUAUUGUUUCCCUUUUGCGAUUUCACCACACAAUCACCGGCUGAUCAAGAAAACUGCAACCGGACAAACAGUUACACGCUUCCUAACGGACGUUUUGUGGAUCAGUUCCGGAGAUUCUGCCAGUGUGCGCUGGAUAAUACUGCCUUGCUGCAACUGAUUUGCUCAGGAGCACAAGAUGUUUUCCAGCGGGCAUGCAAUGCCGAUGGAACGUAUAGAUGUAACCAGUCUGUUUGGGUGCCCGGUGGUCGUAUAUGCUUAAAUAGCGAAGGAAUCUCCGGUCCCUUCAACUUUUCGUUACCAGAACAGCCGCCUUGUAUUUACGGAUUUUGCGGUCCAGCUUGCAUUCGCUAUUCCAAAGACACCAAGCAGUUUCAGAAUAUCGGCCAGUGUUCGUGUGAAGUGGCCAGAAAACAGGUCGUUGUAUUGGAUUCGAACUCUGUUCCUGUGCGAAACGAUAACUACGUGCCACAGUGCAAAGACGACGGCUCAUGGCAGUCAAAGCAGACUGGUUAUGGCGGGACAUGGUGCGUUAAUUCUGCCACUGGCGCUCCAACUGGACCGAUUUCCUUUGACAUGAAUUAUCCGCCUCCGUACUGUUAAGAAAUCAGCACCGUACUAUAAAUACAUGCUGUAACGUAAUAUAACUUGCCGAUUCUGAUCAAAAUUUUUUUCCGAUAGUGAAUAAGGAGGCAAGAUGACUAAUGUUAACUCUUGGGUACGAGUACAGAUAUCACAUGUACCUAAACCUGUUCUGUCACUUUCUACUUAUACACGGCCUUAAAAGAAAAAAUUCUUGUAAGUAGUACUUUGGAAAGGUCAUAGUCUUUUAGAAGCGCAUUAUAAAAUUUGGAAAGUUUUGAGGGCGUCGGUUAUUUACAUCUGUGAGCUUGACUACGCACUACUUUAAUACUACACUUCGAACGACAUUCAGUGGGAACUAAUUUUCAAUCCUACUCGUAACAAUAAAUAUAAAUAAAUAUUGCAUCCAUUCACGUAUAACG